CUCAUGCACUCAUGCGCAAGUUUGAGGAAUUGCCGACUGGCAUCGCUCUCGAGAAAGACACUCGCUAAAAGAGCAAGAACUCAGUUAGGUUUCAGCUCUGGCCGAGGACACAUACUGAUUGCAGCUCGUGAUCUGACGAGAAUUGCUCAUAUUCACCCUGAACGGUUGCGAUUGAAAACAGACAGCGACUUGUCAUGAGUUCUUGCAAUAGCAAGUGAAUCACUUUGAUAACUCGAAAAUGCGGAUUGACUUCGAGGUCAGGAUGAGCCGCGUUUUCGGCUUGAUUGCCUAUUUAUGCCUGUUAGUGUUCCUGGCACCACCUGGAUUUGGCACGCAUGCGGAAUUGGCAGACUCUGGGACAAGUCAAAAGCAUCAUUAUAGCCUUCUGAAAGUGACGAAUGGUGUUUAUUCGAGAGUGACAGCUCGCAUCUCAAAUCGUGUGCCCCGACAAUUUUGCCAAGAGGCUGUGGACAACCUAAAAACUCUGCUGACCUCCACCUCUCAACGAUUGGGCACCCUUUUUAAUGGACGUUUCCACGAUGUGACCAUUAUUCUGCCAAUUGCGUGGGCAGGCUCGGAGUGCGUGUCCCAUCACUUGGAAGGUGUGUCCGUUUCCAACUGGGUUUUGUCCAAGGCAUUCCAUCCGGACUUUGAGGUGGAUCAACCUCAUCCAAUUUUUGGCCCGGAACAGCCAUGGUCCAAACAAUUUGGGCCGUGCGGACAGUCCGGAUUGGGGGUCACAGUGCCGUUCACAAUAUUGGCAGAUGUCAAAAACUUGACGAGGACCACAGAAUUACGAAUCUUUCAAGAGUGGCUUCGAAAUCGGUAUGGAGUUUUUCCGGAGUUUGGGUUUGCCAAUGACCUCAUGUAUCCGGAGUGGACCACCGACUACGAGACUGACGGCCAUGGAGAAGCAGGCCAUUUGAUUCGCAACGAGGCUUGUAAUCUCACUUCGGUGCAACAAAACGAAUAUUCCGGAGAGUCUCGACUCUUGAACCGCAAAAGAAGUCGUCCUGUCGCUAACAACUCAGAAUUGAACCAUAUGGGCAUAUGCAACACCAGAGCUCCAAGCACCAAUUAUGACCGAUACGCACCGACUAAGCAGAAUCUUUUGUGCGAGGGUAAAUCAGCAAUGGAAAUCAUCUCAAAUCACCAAGACUUUCAUUCGCGUCAUGGUACAAGUACUGAAGGGAAGGAUUCAGAAUUCAAGAAAACCCACAGCAUUCUAAAUCAAUUGUCUUCAAGAUACCAUUCUCCAAGAUUCCAUUUGGUAUUGCCAUCGUCGAAUCUACGGAUCCUCUUAGUUUUAGAUAUAUCUGAGCAAAUGACCAAUACUUGGACCAAAACCAGGGACGCUCUUUUCAGGUUUAUCUUGCUACUUCCACCAGGGAUUGAACUGGGCAUAAUUACGUUUGAUCACGAGGCCAGAAUCAACACCCCUCCCACGUUGGUGGAUCAAGGUAAUAAGGAGGGCCUGUUUGGUCGGAUUCCUUAUCGAUUGUCGCCUGAUCACAACGGAUGCAUGAUUUGCGCCUUGGAAUUAGCUCUCCCUUUGAUCACUACCAGCCCGACAGAUUCAUUGGGUUCUUCUAGUCUUGAUAGAAGAGCACAAAGUACUAGCACCAGGAGCAAAAGUAACAACAAUAGCAGCAGCAGAAAUAACAACAACGGCAUUGUGGUAUUAAUUAGCUCAUCCUCCUUUCCUGGCUCAAGCGCUCAAAAGAUUCGAAAAAGACGUGUGGAUCGUGUACGAAAAUUGGUCGAUUUGUCGGUUAUUCCCAUCUACCACAUCUUUUUUGAGAGUAUCACAUCAGCCUCGUUAACCCGAUCAAGAGGCCCAGGCUUUUUACCAAGCGAUUUCACUCAAUUCGGUGGAAGAUAUAUGGUCAAUGUUCAUCACAAAUCUAGGUUUCUACAACGCACGUCGCUAAGUUUGGUAUCGAUUCUGAAUGAGGUGGGUCUUUCCAAUCUUUAUGUGUGCCACGAAAGACAAUUGAUAUGGAGUGGCCAGGUUGUGGAGGGAACAUUUCGAGUGGAAGACGAACUAAACCAUAAUUUAUGGAUUGUUCUGACCACUAGUUUCAAAGAAGACGUGGAAUCGUUCCAAGUCACUAGUCCAUCGGGUAAGGAAUAUGUCUUCCCAAAAUACGACCAUAGCAUUGUGUAUUUCUCAAUGAAUGGAGCCAACGAGCCUGGUAUCUGGAGCUACUCGACCAAAAUGCAUCGCACUGUUCAAGAGGGGAUAGAGUUUUCCAUUGAAGUAUUUGGCGAGCAUUCUCACCACAAUGCCAUUCCAGAUCAAAACGAGGACUUUGGCAUUACCAUUCGAACUUGGGUAAUGGCGAGGACAGACAGACUUACAUUUCUAAAUGCAUCCAAAUCGUCUCAUGAGUUAUCUCAAUCUUCGGAACAUCCAGUCUUACUCUUUGCGGAGGUCACCCAAGACAAUUUACCCAUACAAAAUGCCAAAGUCGUGGCUGAGGUCUUAAAACCAGGUGUUGCUGGUGCGAAGGGGGCGAUUUUUUUGAACCUCCGUGAUGACGGCCUUGGAUAUCCUGACAUUACUGCCAAGGAUGGGAUAUACUCAGGCUAUUUAACUGACUUCAGUGCAGAGUCAGGGACCUACGAGCUUUCAGUCUCCGUCACGGACAAUGCAGGACAAGCCAGAGUAUCCAAACCUUUCGGAAAAAGUAACUACGAGUGUUGUGGUAGUGCUCUACCCAACUAUUAUACCAUUCCAACUCCCACAUUUGAACGUAUCGUUAUUGGAGAGUCCUUUCAUUUAGCGACAAGUGCUUCCUAUUUUGUGCGCAACGGAUCUCCCCACAUAAAGGACGAUUUCCCCCCGAAUAGAGUCACCGAUCUCAGAGUUAAAGGAUAUCAAAACAACACGCUCGGUGUAAUUCUCCAAUGGACCGCCCCUGGUGACGAUCUGAGUAAUGGUAAAGCUGCUCGCUAUGAGAUUCGAGCAUACACAACCAAGGCAUCGGCAGCACAAUUUGAAGAGGGUAUUCCAGUAGAAACUCAAGCAAUUCCUGUCCCGGAGAGUCGAGGUACAAGCCAAGAAGCCUUGGUCAUGGUGCCUUGGGCUAAUCAGGUGUUUUAUUACGUGAUUGUUGCUCAUGAUGGCGCCGGAUCAAGAAGCUUGACCUCCAAUUUGGCUCAAGCAUUUGUUCUAGAGAUUACUACCACCACCCAUAUGGAGAUGUCCUUUCGCGUGGUAAAUGAAAGCGCUCCCAGCCACGAGCUAGAUAGACUGUCCAGUCAAAUUGCGGCAUCGUCAUCAUCUUGGAUUGAUAAGGAGACAAUGGUGUAUCUGAUGGCUGGCGGCAUCACCGCUUUUGUCUUGAUUCUCACUCUCCUUCUCCUCAUGGCCGUUUGCAAAACUAACAAGAGAAAAAAGAGCCAAUCCUCAAUCAGCAAGAGCUCCAUAAGGGGACCUUUUGUCUUAAACAAAAGUGUUGUAGUAGAUAAAUCUGCGUACGAUGUGUGGAACUCGUCGGCGUCCUCGUCGAAGGUUCUCAAUCAAAAUGCCUUACCCGACACACGUGACGAUUAUGGACCCAUAUCUUGGCCCUAUCAGACCUCAAUUCAUACCUUGUCAACACAAGCCCCGCCUAUUGGAGGCAACGGGACACCUACUAGUUUAAUCAUGUCGUCGUCUUCUCACCAUCAUUUAUCGGCACACCAGAUUGUAGGACUUCCCAUCCAUAGCAAUGAUCUGGAGAUGUCUUCCAACAGUACAGGCCAUUCGCCCACGUAUAACGCGUGGAGAAACUCGACAAUUGUGGUGGGUGGUCCUAACAGGCGAGCGGGUCCACCGCCCGCAGGCUCGGAUAGCGGGGCCACUCACUCGACGGACUGCAGCAAUUCCUCGUCUGGAUCCACGGAUUCGGAUCACAACUCAGAUAAGAACGUCUAUAAUGUUCCCAGCUCGACUGUUAGUAAAGAUCGUGAAUUCAAGUUAAAUCUGAAGGAUCUCGACCAACGUACUAAAAUUCCAGCAUCCCUCAGUGUUGCGAGUAUCACUUUCGAAAGAGAUCGCAAGAAACGCCAAGAGUCCCUGGUUUAAAUUUGAUUGAGAAUGUGCCGGUUUCUUUAUUGGGUUGCUCUGUGCAAUUUCUAGUCAAUAAACAUUACAUGAGUAAAACAA